ACUAGGAACGAGAGCCGUAGGUUGAGAGAUGAAUAAGAGUUUCAAUUACCUGGACAACUACUGUGUAGAAUCUUAACAGUGAACACGUAAGUUUUCAGGACAAUGACAGGCUUUCUAACAGUGUGGAUCACAGCAUGUUCCAGCAUGACACUUUCAUUCUCUGCCCUGUAUACAGCUUAUCGGCUUUUCAAGGAACACAGAGCUCCUGCGGCAGGUUUUUUUCUGCUUGGCCUCUCCGCAGGUUUCUGUACCCUGCCUCUCUCAAGCAGUCCUUACCUGACCUUCCUGCAGGGGGACCUGGAAUGGGUCAGCGAGGUCCUGGCACCACCGCUGGUCUCCUUUGGGUUCCUGUGGCUCAGCGAAGACCGUGCCACAGCGCAUAUCCUCCUCAUUGGCUCGGCGCUUCUACCGGUGUUCUGCGACCGGCUGUCGGCGAAUGAGAUGAUCCUGAUGUCCCGUUGCCUGGCUCUUUCGGCCUUCUCCUGCUCACUCACCGUGUGUUUGUUCACUGGAAACGCCCUCGGUGCCCUGGGGAGCGUGGCUCUUUGCCUGCCCCAGAUGGUGGCUCCCAGGAUUUGUGUCAAGGCUCUGGCUCCUCUUGUCUCUCCAGGCACCACGGUGGGAUUGCCGAUGUGGCUGCUGAAAGGCUCCAUGAUCAUAGGGUGCUGGGUCUCGGAGAGGGCGCUUAGCAAGUAUCUGUCAGAACUGAGGGUAUUGGACUGUCAGUUUUAAUGUGUGACUACUGUUGUAACACUGGCUCCUGGGUAACUCUACUACUGUAACACUGGCCCCUGGGUAACUCAACUAUUGUAACACUGGUCCCUGGGUAUCUCUACUAUUGUAACACUGGCUCCUGGGUUACUCUACUACUGUAACACUGGCCCCUAGGUAACUCUACUACUGUAACACUGGCUCCUGGGUAACUCUACUACUGUAAUACUGGCUCCUAGGUAACUCUACUACUGUAACACAGGCUCCUGGGUUACUCUACUACUGUAACACAGGCUUCUGGGUUACUCUACUACUGUAACACUGGCUCCUGGGUUACUCUACUACUGUAACACUGGCUCCUGGGUUACUCUACUACUGUAACACAGGCUCCUGGGUUACUCUACUACUGUAACACUGGCUCCUGGGUUACUCUACUACUGUAACACUGGCUCCUGGGUUACUCUACUACUGUAACACUCGCUCCUAACUAACUCUGCCUGACCAGGUCCACAUGGGCCCUUAUACUGGGCAGUUAAUGGCUGACGAAUGGAUGUGUUCUCAUGACACGUAGAGCUUUUGACAUACAAGAUGAGAUGGAUGGUCAGUUUGUUUUGUCCUACAGGGUCUCACCAUAAAGAAAGCAGGGAUUGAA